GAGAGAAAGAGAGAGACGAAUGAAUAUCGCGUGGGGAACAGAGCAGGCUGGUGUGAAGAAUGACGGUGACGGUCACGUCGAGCCGUCCACGGGUCAGGACGCUCUGUUUGCCCGUGAUUGAAUGACGAUCUGGUUUGGAUAAUAAGGAAUUCUCAGAGCGAGAGAGGUGGAUGUGGAUGACACUAAGAGUCUGGCCAAAAGAAGAAGAACACGAGAGAAGAACUGCCACCACAACCAACAAAAAGAGACGCCAGAGAUGUAACCUGCACUGCCAUUAAAUAAAAAAAGGCUACAAGAAAGGAGUUUCCGAACAAAGAGCUCUUCAAAAUGGAUAACUUAAGUUUAACCACAGAAGUGGACAGUUUUAAUUCCAGUUCCUCUGGGAACUCCACGAGUGAGUACUCCCUGCCCACCAUCAUAGGACUGGCAGGACUGGUAAGCUUCCUCAUCUUGUUUACUAUAGUCGGGAAUGUGCUGGUUGUGAUCGCUGUUCUAACGAGCAGAGCUCUCAAACCACCCCAAAACCUUUUCCUCGUGUCCCUGGCCAGUGCUGACAUCCUGGUGGCCACCCUGAUAAUGCCUUUCUCCUUAGCUAAUGAACUAAUGGGUUACUGGCUAUUCGGGAAAGUUUGGUGCGAUAUCUAUUUGGCGUUGGACGUUCUUUUCUGCACGUCAUCCAUUGUGCACUUGUGCGCCAUAAGCUUGGACAGGUACUGGUCCGUGACACAGGCGGUUGAGUACAACCUGAAGCGGACGCCUCGCAGACUGAAAGGCAUGAUCGUGGUGGUGUGGCUGAUCUCGGCCGUGAUCUCCUUUCCGCCGCUCAUCUCUAUGGACCGGAAGGACCAGGAGGUAAACGUGAAGCCCCAGUGCGAGCUGAACGACCACACGUGGUACAUCCUGUACUCGAGCAUUGGCUCCUUCUUCGCUCCCUGCGUCAUCAUGAUCCUCGUCUAUGUCCGGAUCUACCAGGUGGCUAAGACGCGCACCCGGAGCAUGUCAGAGAAGCGCCACGACACGGAGGGUGGGGCCGAGGCACCGCGCCUGGAGAACGGCCUGAGCCAGGACGACUUGAGCCGGGAGAACGGGCACUGCGCCUCGCCACGUCCCAGUGAGCCCAAGCCUGGAGAGGAGGAUCCAGAUGUGGACUUGGACGACAGCAGUUCAUCUGACGAGAAGGCCAAGCGGCCGCACCAUGAGCCGACCUCCAGCCGGAAAGACCGCCGGGCCAGCCGCAAAAACAGCUCUAGCUCCAAGCACUCCAGUCGCAAGUCCCGCGCCAGCAGCAAGUCCCUGGACCUGUUCUCCUCCAGGAGAAAGAGGAGGAAUACCAUGUCCAGGAAGAAGAUCUCUCAAGCAAGAGAGAAGCGCUUCACCUUCGUGCUGGCGGUGGUCAUGGGCGUAUUCGUGGUCUGCUGGUUCCCCUUCUUCUUCAGCUACAGUCUGUAUGGAAUCUGCCGGAAGCCCUGCGAGAUCCCCAGGCCCCUCUUCAAGUUCUUCUUUUGGAUCGGCUACUGUAACAGCUCCCUCAACCCCGUUAUCUACACCAUCUUUAACCAGGAUUUUCGCAGAGCGUUCCAGAAGAUCCUCUGCAAGUCCUGGAAAAGGUCUUUUUAGAGGAGCCUAGUGACACAAGAGCACCAAUUUCAGGUGACAGACAAAAAAAGCCAUUGGAUGUUUACGAAAACAGAGACGUCUCUUGUACACGUUGCGGCAGCACUAUUCAGACACCACUGCCCCCCCUGCAUUUAUGCCUUGACAAUCUUCCCACAACAUAGAUAUUCA